AUUUUCAUUCGUUCGUAAACUAUCGUCACGUCUGAACACGCAAGAAAUCAACGUGUCGAACGCGACCGGUUUCAUUCUUAAGAUUUAUCAAAUUUUUCAGCACGUGCGUGGCUAAAGGCAGGAGGGGCACUGGUUGCACGACAUUCGUGCACUUACGAUUGGUUGCAUGUCGGGGGCACGGCUGUACCGUUUAUAAAUAAAUUAGCACUCUUUAGCUUGCAGCGUCGUGCGAGUUAAAUUGAAACCGGCCAGUGCACUCGGGGAAUUUGCGCCGGCGGUUUCGGUCAAUCGUGUGCGUGUGUUGUUGGAAGUCGCUACUCGACCACCAUCUACAACGCUCGAAACUCGCCUCUGUCGUCCGCUUGUUCGACGAUUGACGCGCGUCCGGGAACACGUGUGAGUGAUUCGUGUAUUUUACGCCGUGCCUGUGAAAUCAAUUCCAGUAUUAUCUACGCAUAAAUGUGCGCUACCGAGGAACGAACAUAACCUCGAAAUCCCACAGAUUCGUAUCUGUUUCUCGAGGUACCACUGAGUUUCUUAUGCGUCUAACGUUCUCCGUUCCGUUUCAAACGUCGAUAACCUAACAGGGGUAUUAUCCCUCAACGUACCAUUCCAGUGUAUUUUUCUAUUACGCACAAAUCGUUUUUCUACGUGAAAGAACCUUCCAUGGUACCUACUAGAAGAAUUUCAUGACGAUGUCCAAUAGGUAGUGGUGCUAACAAAAAGGAUCAUCGAUCACUUGUUGCUGCAGUCCACGGUUCCACGAAAGGAGUACCGAGCCGAGAAAUAAUAUAAUUAGUCUCGACAAAUGCUAGCAAUAUGUAUAUUUAUAUAUUAUGAGACAUGCUGGUGAGACAGCCUUAAGGUGAAAUGUUCCGUAGUUUACCAGAUAGGGUGGCAGGGCUUUAUUAUGCCCAUGGCCUGUUCUGUUCUUCUCAUCCUGUCGCAGUUAUUUCAUUGGCAAUAUCGAUAGUAAUGCUAUGUUGUUAUCCUUUGGUCAAUUUACCUAUGCCUGGCAACGCGCCAAGGGCUGUAAUCAAUCAUACUAUUGUACCUGAAAACAGCACAGAGAAUCAUGUGUUCUAUGUGCAACAAGUGGUAUUAAGGGUCGGAGUUAUUCCAUGGACAGAGGAAUUAACAUUAAUGGAUGCUUUCCGGGGUCCACUUUAUGAAAUUUUUAAUCUUUUAGAGAUUAUACAGAAUUAUCAGCAUCCAGAAACAUUAAAAACCCUCGGUCAAGUAUGUUUACAUGUCGAAGCUGUUAAAAGAAAUGGCAAAAAGUCGGAUGUUUUGCCAGAGUAUAAUUGUUUGGUUCUUUCCCCUGCGAACCUGUGGCAACGAAGUAUUGAGUUAUAUGCACAAGAUACAAAUCUUAUAAACACAAUCUAUUCAUAUCAGAAUCUACAAAAGGGUAAAAUUAGUUUAGCUGAAAUAAUGUUCGGAAUGAAUCUUAAAGAAACUGGAACAAAACGAUAUCCCAGUCGUCUUCGACAAAGGAUUUUACAAUAUGCAGUAACUAUCUAUUUAAAGGAUUAUGAUCCCGAAUUUAUAAGAGGAUUGAAACACAGAUUAAAAACUUAUUACCACCUUCAUCAAGUAGGUGACAAUGAUACUUACGAUCGCGUUGAUGAAACGUUACACAUCUUAUAUCCUGGUGAAUUCAAUUACAGUGAUUUUUUCCCACUAAUGAUGACAUUCUUUGCAUUAUUUUUCUACGUCUAUUUCUCUGUGCGAAAGAUCGAAUUAAUAAAGUCGAAAAUCGGCAUAGCAUUUAGCGCGACUGUAACAGUGAUCAGUUCACUCUCAAUGACCGUGGGUGUAUGCUUUUUUUUUGGCUUAACGUUAAGUCUAAGUGGAAAGGAAGUGUUCCCAUAUUUGGUGAUUAUCGUAGGGUUGGAAAAUGUUUUGAUAUUGACCAAAAGUGUAGUUAGUACACCGACACAUUUGGACGUGAAGAUACGCGUUGCUCAAGCUUUAUCCAAAGAAGGUUGGUCCAUUACAAAAAACCUACUUACCGAAGUAACGAUAUUGACGAUCGGAUUGUUCACAUUCGUGCCAGCCAUACAAGAGUUCUGUAUAUUCGCCAUCGUUGGAUUAGUCAAUGAUUUCUUCCUUCAGAUGGUCUUCUUUUCAACUAUCCUCGCUAUCGACAUUAAACGUACCGAAUUAUCCAGCGAGACGUCGAAAUUUCAUUUGCCAAAUAUUCCAACUACGCGCAAACAACAAUUUACAACAACCAUUACGAACAGAAAGCCAAACAUAUUUCGAUCGAAAUCCCAUCCAAGAUUAAACGGUUUGGCUACCGGUCCCACGAAUGUCAUAGCACCGAACACACAGAACACCCACACUCUUGGAAAAAUUCCGAAACGUCUCCGUUUAGUACAUUUCUGGGCAAGAACUCGAAUAUUUCAACGCGCCUUCAUGGUAUGGAUGGUCGUUUGGAUCAGUAUGAUCAUAUACAAUUCCGGGAUCGUCGAGCAUGUCAUACAUUUAAGCGAGACAUUGAAACCGGAAUCUGAUAUCGAUGGUUACACUGUAGACAGAUCCCAUGCUUUAAAUAAUUACGUUGAAUUAAAUACAAUGAAACCGUUAUCAAUCCCUUCGUCUGCUGUCGCUCCUGAUCACUUAAAUAAACAGAAUGAUCUAACGAACAACAUUACUGAAGAAUUAAAUAAAUUGAGACCAGUCGACUUCCCACCUUGGAAUCGUUUGUCGCUUUACCACUGGUCCUCGAUUCUCUCAAUGUACAACAUAUCUGCCGCUGGCGGUCGCAUAACUAUAUUACCAGCAGUGAAAAUAUCCCAUGCGGUGAGCCCACAAUUGGCUAAACAAAUCAGCAAUCCAAACGAUGUGCAGCAUUUUCAAUGGCAGAGCCUUGCGACUGCUGCUCUUGAUCCAUUAGACUUCUCGGAUAUGGAAUUACCAACCAGGUCCGAAGGUCGAGGUUUCAACGCGGACGCACCCUUCAUUCCAUCCAGCCCAAUGGAAAUAUUCUUAGCCGCGGUACUUUGCCUGAUCAGUGUCAUUGUUGUCGCUUACACGAUGGUCGUUCUUUAUCGUUGCAUUUGUUCGAGAAACUAUGCCGAAUGGAGAGCCAGCUGGUACCAACCAGAGAAGGCGCACGAUUCAGCUACGCAGCUGGUACUUGAGGCACUGCCGUUGGUUCUGGAAGGUCACACACAGGAAGUGGAGUGCAUUGCCACGGAUAGCAACACCAUUGCUAGUACGUGUUUAGCAGGUCACAUCAGGGUAUGGGAUGCAACGUCGGGUGAACAAUUAGUUCACAUAGAUAGAAAGCAAUUUUUCAGUAGCCCUAAGAAAAAUCUGAACCACGUCACGUCGGACAUGGACGAGUUAAUGUCGGAUUACGAGAGUGGUUCACCACCUUCCAGAGGGGAAAUGGAGGGGAAUAAUUCAUUCGGUCUCUACUCGUCAGCCACGACUGUACCCUACAGAAAGUCGUCCCCUGGAUUGUACAAUAUCCACAGGGGACAGAACACGAAUAGAAAUCACUCGAUGGGUAACACGUUUGAUUACGAUUAUCAGAUCAACGAAUUCGGGGUGGAAAGAAGGAAGAACGUUCGUAGGAGCUUGGACAGUUACUAUGAUCUUCCUGAUCUAAAAUCAACGAUAAACGUGAAAUUUUCCACCAUGAAACGUUCCUCGUUGCAGCAGAAUUACGAACAUGGAUUUGAUUUCGGUGAUCACUAUAAACAGCUUUUUGAGGAACAUAAUAGAUCAAUUGACGAAUUACAGAAGUCGGAGAGCUUUGAACAAUUGUACAUUCCUAAUGGGAAAGUGAAUUCAUCCGGAUUGGUGGACAGUAUAUCUUCCUUGAGUACCGACCGUACCGUGCAGAUUAUGCACUCGGUGUCUCCAAUUUGGUGCAUGGAUUAUCAGGAGAACCUGAUAGUAGUGGGAUGCGCAAAUGGGAGUUUAGAAUUUUGGGAAGGUACCACGGGCAGAUUUAAGUGUUUAUUUGACGAUGGUUCAGGGCUCGGAAUAUCCGCUGUUAAGUUUGUCGGAAGUAGAGUGGUGGCGGCCAAGUUGAACGGUUCCAUCGACUUCCUGCAGCUUGAAAGUUACAGCGAAGGUCAACAAAUUGAUUGGGGCUUCACCUCGUAUAGAAGAACCCACGUUAGAACAGGAAGCGCUGGUUCGCCUAUGGACAUAAACAACAUCAUGCAAUCGGAGGAUCUCCGUUGUAUGAAAAUCGGUUCGCAUAAAGCACACCAGCAAGCAAUAACCGUGCUCGACAGCGUAGGUGGUCGAGUUUUAACUGGUAGUCAAGAUCAUACUCUUAAAGUAUAUAGGCUAGAAGACCAGUUGCCAUUGUACACUCUUCAUGGUCACUGCGGGCCCAUAUCUUGUCUCUUCAUUGACAGGAUGAGUCCUAUGACAUCCGGUAGCGGAUCCCAAGAUGGCUUGUUAUGCGUCUGGGAUCUUCAAACUGGAACAUGUAUGUACAGUAUACAAGCUCACGACGGUGCUGUGGCAGCUAUUACUUGUUCCGUAUCGUAUGUGAUAAGCAUCGGGACCGAUGAGAGGUUAUGUGUAUGGGAACGAUUUCAGGGACAUUUGUUACAUGCUCUUCCAGCACACAGAUCAGCGUAUAGUCUACAAUUAGUCAUGUUGACGCAUCAUCUACUCAUAACCAGUAAUCAGGGAUCGCUAAUAGUUUGGGACGUCAGGACGGGCGAGCCUGUACGAGAAGUAAGAUUGGGCCACAAGGAUAGUUGUAUUUUCGUAAAACAAAUGUUAGUUUUAAGGGAUAGCGUAGUGUGCGAUUUCGGGCGGCAAUUACGCAUAGUCAGAUUCCCGUUGGUGUCUGAUAAAUUAGAUUAA